AACAAAGUAUACUCUAUGCCUCGAGGCAAGAUGCUCGGCGGCUCCAGUGGCAACAAUUAUCUGAUGUACUUGCGCGGUUCUCGAAAAGAUUAUGACGGAUGGCGAGAGUUGAGCAACGAAGGGUGGGGUUGGGACAACCUUCAGGAAGCCUCAGACUGCUGA